AUGCGUUUAACACUACUAUUAUUGGUGACGACUGGCGCAGUUUUUUGCGCCGGCUCCAAAAAAGUUGAGAGCACCGCGAAAAUUGCGGCGGCCGCCGCGCCGGUAGAUCGAAAUUUGGAGCGGAUGAAGUAUAAGAGAUGGCGAGAGCCGCCAAGGGAUUGUUCGGAUGCGCCGAAACAUUUGAAAGCCACGUGUUUGAUGGUGGGUUUUGGGAUGAGUUCGGUGGAGCGCACUUGAUUUAUUUGGCGGAAAUGAAAUUUUUCGAUUUUCCAUGGAAGCAAGUGCGCUCUAAUGAACUUUUGGAAAAAAAAUUGAAAAUUCAAAUUUUCUAUGUUUUUUCGAGAGCGCAAAUGCCUUUUUGACAGAUUUUCUAUUGAAAAAAUUUAUGUGUGAUCUACCGAACUUCAGGAGUAAAAUUUGAAAAUUCAAAUUUUCUAUAAUUUUUCAAAAUUUGCAAUAGAGCGCAAAUGCUUUGAAACCACCGCUUAAAUGAACAAUUUUGGCUUGAAGAAGCAAGUGAGCUCCAGCAAACUUCAGAAAUAAAUUUUGAAAAUUCAAAUUUUCUAUGUUUUUUCGAGGUGUUCAAUAGAGCGCAAAUGAUUUUUCAACCCUAAAAAGCCAAAUGCGCUCUAAUGCAAAUAUAUAAUUAUUUCUAUAUUUUCAAAAAAUUCCACCUAGUGAACCAAAUGCGCUCCAAUGCAAAUUCAAAAAAUGUUCUAGAUCCGCCGAAUGGACACCGCAACUCGCCGUCGUCUAGCCCGCCAAGCCGUCCGUCAAACUCGCCCCAACCAAGUGCCCAACUGGCUUCAACCAAUCCCAGUUCCAGCAAAUGCGCGAGGUCAAGCCGCUUAUCAUCCAUACGAUUGUAUGACACUAACAUGUCUCUGCCCAUUUUUCAAUGUAAGUUCAGACAUUUUUUAUUUAUUGAAAAUAGGAAAAAAUUCCGAAUUUUACUACUCCAGGACGACAAAAAUAAAUAAACAUAACCCCUUUUCAAGGUCGGGGGAAAAAAAUGAGAUUUUGUUGUUGUUCAGGGUCGAGUCAACAAUGGUCAAUGCAUUUUGGCAAAUGGUGUGCCUUUGAAUAUGUCGUGGCGAAAAGAGUAUCGAAUGAUGACGGAGGCAGAGAGACAGAGGUGGGUAGAGAUGGAGAGGAGUUAGACAGCUAGAGAUAAUGGUUAUAGACGCAGAUGACCUAGAUAUCUAGAGAAAAAAAUAUUUGAGAUACACAGAGAAGCUAUACUGAAGACGAGUGUGAGAGACGCAGAGGAGUUAGACAGCUAAAGUAGAAGAUAUAUACCAGGGACACAUAAGAGCUGGACAGCGAGAGAUGAAGGCUAGAGAAGCAGAGGAGUUAGACAGCUAGCACCAGGCACAUGGGAGCUAGACAUAGAUAAUGGUUAGAGACGUAGUACAUUUAGACGGCUAGAGAAAAAAUGCAGAGAAAUUUUGAGGUUAGAGACGAAGAGACGCAGAUCGUCUAGAUAGCUAGAAUUGGCCUGAGAGCCACAGAGAAGCUAGACGGCCAGAAAAUGAGAGAUACAGAGAAGCUAGAAGGUUAGAGAGCCCGAAAAUCCACGUGGCAUUUUUCGAGCGGAACGGUCAUGUUCUCUAGCUGUCUAACUCUCUUAGGUUAGAAAUCAGGCAGCUAGAGAAUAUACGGAUGUGAGAGACGCAGAGAAACCAUAAACCAAUAAGCUAGAUGUCUAACCUGUGUUGGAGGCAGAGGCAGGCAGCUAGAGAACAUGUGAGAACGACACCAGAUAUAUGUUAGAGACGCAGAAAAAAAAAGACAGCAAUAACUAAUUUUCAGAUGGCACAACGCAUUGAACACUCUCAAACGAAACGGUGAAUACGACAGAAUCUCGCGUCAACAUUUAGAAGUGGGAGUUGGCUCCGGAGCUCACUCAGGUCCAGGUUUCCUCCCAUGGCAUCGUGAAUAUUUGAAACGUUUCGAAAUCGCCCUCCGAAUGGUCGACCCAUUGGUUUCUAUUCCAUAUUGGGAUUCAGUCAUGGAUUCAUAUCUCCCUGAUCCAAGAGAUUCGAUCAUGUUCACUGAUUUAUUUGUUGGUGGAACUGAUGGAUAUGGAAACGUCGUGACAGGACCAUUUGCCUAUUGGCGAACAAUCGAGGGAAGAUCGACAAUUCUGCGAAAUCUCGGAGCCGAAGGACAACUCUUCAACGAGAAUCAAGUGAAUAGUAUUGUUGCGCAGAACACGAUUGAAAACACCAUGGCGUUCACUGCACCACAACCAGGUAGGGGGCGCCAAAAGACAAAAGUUCAAAAAUUCCUUUGUUUUGUGACCACAAAUAGUUAUCAUCAAUUAAUCAAUCACUAGACAAUAGUGAAAGUUUUUUCUUGUGUUUAUUUGUUUGUUACUUUUUUUUGAGAGAGUUAAAAAUAGUAAUGACAAUAGGUUAGGGGGUUUGCAACAAGUGCGCUCCACGGAUAAUAUUCAUAACUCGAAAUUCGAUAAAAAUGGGCAAGAGCGCUUUACGGAUAACUUAAAUAAUUUAAAUUUCAAUAGAAUUUUGCAAGUGCGCUCCAUGGAUAACUUAAAUAAUUCAAAUUUCGAUAGAUUUUUGCAAGUACGCUCUACGGAUAAUUUUCAUAACUCGAAAUUGGAUAAAAAUGGGCAAGAGCGCUUUACGGAUAGCUUAAAUAAAUUAAAUUUCGAUAGAUUUUUGCAAGUGCGCUCUACGGAUAAUUUUAUAACUCGAAAUUCGAUAAAAAUGGGCAAGAGCGCUUUACGGAUAGCUUAAAUAAAUUAAAUUUCAAUAGAAUUUUGCAAGUGCGCUCCAUGGAUAACUUAAAUAAUUCAAAUUUCGAUAGAUUUUUUGACAAAAAGUUUAAAUUUUGAAGAGGAAUAUUUCAUUAUAGCUUAUUUGAUACUUUCGAAUAGCUAGAAAUCGAAAAAACCACGUGUCAAGUGCGCUCCAAUGAUAAAUAGUCCAUUAGAGCGAAUUUGCUAUUUCAACGUGGCAAAACUGACUUCAACUUAUCCAUUCCAGGCUGUCCCUACCCCAACAACUACCAAGCCAUCGAAUACUCCCACUCAAACAUCCAUCUCUGGGUCGGCGGAGACAUGAAACCGCCAAGCACCUCAGCCAACGAGCCAAUCUUCUUCAUGCAUCACUCAUACGUCGACUACUUAUGGGAACUCUGGCGACAAAUUCAACAACCCAGAUGGCUCCGCGAGCAAGCCUAUUCCGCCGAUCAUCCACAAUGCGCCAAUUGGCAACACUUCAGCUACGCACCAAUGAGACCUUUCCCAUAUUUGGUGAAUCGCGAUGGAUUGUCGAAUUCGUAUACCGAUCAGAUGUAUCGAUAUGCUCCAAGAGCUACUUGCAGUCAUCAGAAUACGAAUUGUGGAAGUCCUUAUUUGUUCUGUGAUACUAGAGGGUAAGGAUUUACCUGGGUAUCUCAAUUUUAUUUUUAAAAAAAACCCCCCACUACUUUUCAAAUAUUCCCAUUAAAAACUCACAUUAUCCAAAGAGCGCACUUGCAAAAACCCGGUCAUUUUCAGCUACCCACAUUGCGUCGCCAAAAUUCGUAUGAAUGGAAAUUGUCGUGGUUUCGAGCAAUUGGACUCGUGCUACGCUGGAAGAUGUUGGUGGGGACGAUGCGUCAAUGGGGUAUGGUUUAGCGCAGGGGGUUUGCGGGGCGGUCGAGCGGAGCGUGUGUAGAUCACGAGAUUCCGCGUAGGGCGAAUAGAGGGCUACAGGAGGACAUUUCAGAAUUUUCAGUACCAAGCUUCGUACGUUUUUCAGAAAUUUUAGCUUUGCUGAAAAUUGUAGCCUACCUUAUGUUGAAAAUCGUAAUUUUGCUUUUUGAAACCAUCCAAACAAUGAUAAAAUAUAAAAAUAAAACAAAAAAAAAUAAUUUUCAAACAAAAAAAAAAGUUUUUUCACACCCUGCGUCUCUAACUUUCCCUAGACGCAGACAACAAAAGGCUAUACACGACCAUACAAGGCGCCCAUUGAGUCAGACGCGAGACGACGAGAGUAUUUUGCAAAAAUAUCCAGAAAAUUAAUUUCGCUUCGAGAUAUUUUCAAUAAAACAUGUGUUCCUUGAAACAAAGUGCGGUGUUUUUUCAAAGGGACACAUAUUUUCUCAAAAAUAUCUCGAAGCGAUGUCGUUCUCUGUCGACGUCAUCAUACUCUCGUCGUCUGACCCGAGGGGCAAUUGGAGUAAAUGGUCGUGUAUAUCCUCUGCGUCUCUAACCAAUAACCCCUUCUUGCAGAACUUUGCCGCUCGAAUGAAAGGUACCAAAACAUCACAAAAUCAAACAACCCUAGCCAUCGAAAAAGCGCACAUCGUGCUAAACGGCACAAAAACCGAAAGAACACCGCUAGUCAAAAGAAUCUCGGUAAAAAUGACAGCCCCACUAUUCAUCGAUUGCUACAACCGAAAUCCUUGCUGUCAAUCAUGGUCCGAAAACGGGGGAUGCGAAAAAGAGCCCGAAUAUAUGUCACAAUAUUGUCAGGCUAGUUGUGGAGUAUGUCAACCGGCUUAUAAUUCAUCGAAAACCGUUUGCGAAGAUCGACAUGUGAAUUGUGGAGCGUGGAAGAAGGAUGAGAUGUGUAAGGGGAAGAGUGCUGAUUUUAUGAGUGAGAAUUGUCGAAAAAGUUGUGGAAAGUGUGAUUUACAAAGGGAAUCACAAUGUUUUGUAGGCGGAAAGGUAUGGUUUUUUUUAAAUCAUCAAUAGAGCGCAUUUACACAUUUUAGAUCAUCCCAAUCCCCGCUGAAUCGCACCUUAAAGAAUCAAUCUCCGAAGCUUUGGAAUCUGAAGUGACUGAUCGAAUCAAAAAAGUCAAAUCGCACUCAAAAUCCCAUCUUGCUGCACAACUUCAACACGCCAAAAAACAACAUUGA